AGAGCCGCUCCAUCCAAAGUGGGAUGGAUGCCGUCUCUCCUAAUCAGACCAGGUUUUCCCCAAAAAGGCUUCCAGUUAUCAAUGAAGCCCACAUCGUUUGCUGGACACCACCUCGACAGCCAGCGGUGGAAUGACGACAUGCGGCUAUACAUGUCAUCACUGGUCACAUUGGGGAGGGGUCCAGAGAAAACUACGGUGUCCGACAUUGUCUUAGCAUAGUUACACACCGACUCCACAUUAAUCUUAGUGACCUCCGAUUGGCGUAAACGGGUGUCGUUACCGCCGACGUGGAUAACAAUCUUACUGUAUUUACGUUUAUCUUUAGCCAGCAGUUUUAAAUUUGAUUCAAUGUCGCCCGCUCUGGCCCCAGGGAUACAUUUAACUAUGGAGCUGCCAAUAACCAGAGUUGGUUCCUCAGCGGGUGUAUCGCUGAGUGGGGACAAUGUAUUAGAAACGUGAAGCGGUUGGUGGUGAACUGUGGGCUUUCGCCGUUUUAGUCUUCCUUCGCUCAGUCACCCAGCCUCCCUGUCUGCCCGGCUGCUCGGGAACUACCGGGGGAAGUACCGGGACUCACUAAGCCUCGCCUCCAGCGCAGUAAACAAACUACAUUUAAUACAGGAACCAUUAUCUUUAAAGGAGGCAGAGGAAUAACUGAACAUCUGACACACUGAGCAGGACAGAGGAAGAGGAAGAAAGUAGUGAAAAGUCCCUAAAAGAGGGAGAAACUCCGAGUGUUUAAGUAGAACUAGUCUACGUUUAAAUGUUAAGCGGGUAAAUAACCGCUGUAACGAGUAAAACUAAUGUAUAUUUAGCGUUCACUGACAGAGCUGCACGUCCAACCAGGGGCAGAAAAUGGCGGCCGCAGACAUCCUCUACUUCACUUUGUGGGUCACCACAGUCUUCCCCAGCGGACUCGGAUGCCCUGAGCUCUGUGCCUGCUCAGACAAAUACUUCCGCCAUUUUGCCGAAUGCUCCUACAAAGACUUAGCUGAAGUCCCAGACGAUUUUCCUCCUAAUGUUACAACCAUGAGUCUCUCCGCCAACAAGAUCAGUGUGAUACCGCUGGGGAGCUUCGACAAUGUCACCCAGGUGACGUCGCUGUGGAUGGCCCACAAUGAGAUCAUCUCCAUCGAACCAGGGGCCCUCGCGCCUUUGGUUCACCUGCGUAACUUUGACGUCAGCCACAAUAAAAUCGUAGACUUUCCUUGGGAGGAUCUGCAGAACCUCACAGGCCUGCAGCUUUUGAAGAUGAACCACAACGAGAUGAUCCACCUGCCGAGGGACGCCCUAUCCAGCCUCAAAGACCUGAGGUCCCUACGGCUCAACGGUAACAAAUUCACAACCAUAGCUGAGGGGACGUUUGACGGUUUGGUGUCGCUGUCCUAUCUGCAGAUUUAUGAAAACCCUUUUGUGUGCACCUGCUCCAUCGACUGGUUCAGAGACUGGAUUUCAACAACCACCAUCACAGUCCCGGAGCAGCAUCUGAUCACUUGUGCGUCUCCGGAGAAACUUAAAGGGGAAGUGAUCAGAAAACUGCCCGAGUCAAAGUGCACAAGCACAAGUGUCACAAUACGAAUUGAGCCAAAUACUCAAAACAAAACUUUCUAUGAGGGCAGCACACUGGUCUUGACUUGUCAAUUCACAGGAAACCCAAAGCCGCUGGUCAUGUGGAGCAUUCGCAGCCAGAGCCAGAAGCAAGAGCUGGCUUUGUCGUUCACUGAGGAUGACUCAGCAGAACCAGACGAGGCCUCCUUACUGUCCCAUGAUCCUGUCAAAGUCUUUAACAACGGCACUGUUGUCAUUUCACACCUCAGGAAGGAAGACGGCGGCAACUACAGCUGCUCGGCCACGAACGAAUUUGGAAGAGCUGAGGAUUCGGUGUCAGUGAAGGUGGUGGCUUCACCAAAACCACCACCUGUGAAACAAAUAACCACAACACCUUCGUACACUAGAACGCCACAAUCUAUACGCCAAACGGAUAAAACGUCUGUUGUUGAUUCUGUGCAUCAAAUCAUGAACGUCGUACCCACUUUCCCGCCCACUGCGGAGAUCACGUCUUCUGAAGAGGCAACGACAUAUCCGUCACGUGCUAGUAAAUGUGGCUUGACGGCUAACACAAGAUACAUUUCUAGCCACGUCUUCAACGGGAGCCUGGAUGACAUCAAGCAGUACACGUUUGACUUUGGAGUCAUCGCAUUAGGGGUGUCAGAAACAGAGGCGACAGUGCGACUCAACCCUCUUCUCAUACCCAGAGACAGGAGCGCUAACAGGGCCGCCGCAGCCACCGCCUCGUCCGAGAGCUUCCAGGCCGACAGCGAAGAGCAUCACGGCCUUUCAGACGCUUCUGAAAAAGUCCAUUCAAAUGGCUUGUAUCUGUGCGUCACCGCAGACCGCAAACACUCAGCCGUGCAGUGGUCGAGGAUCAAAGAGGGCGUGAACACGUAUCUGUUCAGCGGCCUCCGUCCUGGCACCAACUACUCCCUGUGUCUGACCUACAGAGGGGAGGACUGUGAGGUCCAGGUGCUGUUCACCACCAGGAGGAGGGUCCCUAACCUGCUUAUCAUCAUCUCCGUAAGCAUCUGCCUCCUCACCGUGUCUACCGUGCCACUCCUCGGUGCGACGUGCUUCCACCUGGUGUACAAAUACCGCAGCAAGACCUACAAGCUGAUACUGAAGGCCAAAGACCAGUAUCACAUGGAGAGGAACCUCGCCACCAACUUCAACAUCCACGCGUCUCACACUGAGUCUCAGAGGAAGAUAAACGGCAGCCAGCUGGACGAGGAGGAGGGAGAGACGGAGAGCAGAGACGGAGAGAGGGAGGCAGAUACAGAAGAAAGCAUCAUGACCGAGUCCUUUAGUCUGUCUCAGUGCAGGGGGAAUUUAGACAACUGUGAGGUAGGAUCUGAGUACAGCGAUAGGUUACCUUUGGGGGCUGAAGCAGUGAAUAUUAUAAGCAACUACAAAUAUCCAAAUCAGUAAUUGUUUCUGACAUAAUCAUCAGUUGUAGUUUCUUUUGCAUAUGGUUAAAACAGGUUAAAAUCAGUUUGUGCCAAUAGUUUAGGGUCUGUUCUAGAAAUAUUGCUUUGUUCCUCAGUGACAAGACUCAAAGUAAUGUACUCGCUUUAAACCUCACCCUAAGCUGCAUUACAGGAAAAACCAGCUGCCAGUCUCUAUCAAUUUUCAUAUGGAUGUUUUCCAGACAAACGUUUUAGUGAAUCAGCCCUGGUUUAAGCUAUUUUACCCUUGUUGUAAUCUCCACGAACAGAUAUCUGCAUAUGAAGGCAGAAUCUGGAGGCAAAGGACUCGAUUUUGGCAUCAAAAGCAAGUCGUGUUGAUCAAUCACGCUUGAGGCAGCUUUGGUUGCUUGCAGUCUGAACCAAAGAGGUGGAGCGCGUUGGCCGAAAUGCAAUCUCAGAACCGAUCAGCUGUCGUCUGACAACAAUUAAUCUUUUAUUCACUCUUUUAAAACUAGAUUCAUAUGCAAAUAUCAGUUAAUAGAGAUUAGCUCCUGAAACAUCGUCCACCAAAUUGUUGACAGAGGAUAACUGAUGGGUUCUGGAUAUCACAGCUUGUUUUCCUCUUUUUAAAUUGUAAUUCAUUCAUGUACAUUUCUAAAAAAAAAAGCUGCUCUGGCAAACAAAGAUACAACCAGUUUGUGUUCCAGAGAGAGUAGAAAAGUAGAGAGAAGAGACGCUACCAUCAGAGCACUCGAUAUCUUUGCUGUUUCAUAUUUUAUUAAGACAUUUUUUAUGAUGUGUUUCAGCCAGAGGCCUUCCUCAGAGCACAAGUGGCAUUUAAAGGAGUAUUUAGGAAAGGAGGAGAGCGCCAGUACCACUCGUAAUGUCCGCCAGUAAAUGCGCAGCUACAGCCAGUUAGCUUAGCUUAGCACAAACAGGGUAAAAAAAAAAAAAAAACAUCUAGCUUACUAACAGCUUAAGUAAACUAGUUGGCGUCCUAAAAAAGAAAAGCACACAGAAUGCAGAAAUAAUAGAAAAUGCUAAGAAAUGUUAAAAUGUACAUCUGGAUCCAAAUCCAGACAGUGACAGACAAUCAUGGGAUAAAGAAAAUGUAUUAUUAUGAUUAUUUAUUCAAUUUAUUUAGUUAAGAGCACUAGUUCAUAACAUCAGGAAACAUCAGUCGUUCUGUAAGAUAAAUCCUAUAACAGAACAAUUUCCCCUAGGGGAUCAAUAAAGUAUAUCUUCUUCUUCUUCUUCUAUAAAAAAGUUAAAUUUCUACCACUGAAAUCUUUUCUGUUGUUGUUUUAAGAUACGUCCACUUCCCACAGACAAACAGACAAGAGGUUAUAUUGUAUAUAUUUGAGUUGUAAUCCAUCACAGUGAACAAGGAGGGUUUAUUUAGUUAGUUAGUGCCUCUUGUGCAAUCUGUAACAGUCGCUCUUACACAUGCACGACCCUGUCUCUUAGAAAUUACUUUUGUGUUCAUAUCACAGCAUUUAAUACCGGUCAGGAUUAUGUUCACAGACAACUCUUUUUGAGUCACAAGGAGGCAAAAAAGCACUUUGAUUUUGGCUUAUGUCUCAAAUCAUUGCUGACUUUUGAAUAAUACUGUAGUCACUAUGAGCGGAUAUUAUUGCCUAUUUUGGCAGAAAACAAAUGAAAUAUGUAGUCAGUGAACAUUUAAGGUACUUUAAUGAACAACAAUUAACCUAUUAAAGAGAAAAUCCUCAUUCUAAUUCACAAAAGUUUCUCUUUCUAGGAGACGGGGCUGAGCUGCUAAAUGUAGCUGGGACACUUUAGACCCCAAAUUGCCAAAAUGUUCUCAGACAGCGACAGCACAGUCCAUAAAGUCAACCUUGAAUUAAACAAAUAGGUCUCUGUAUUGACAUUAUUUGCCCAAAUUGAUCGAUUUCAACAGCUCAAACACCCAAAGGAAGAAAUGGAAGUUUCUGUCAGGGAAUAAUCUUAUAAAUUUAUUAAUAUAAACCUAAUUAUCGCCUUUAUUUAGAGCAUAUUUGUUUCUAAUAAACAGCUAUUGAGUGAACAGCAGACGAGAGCACAGAACAAACGGUGAUGAAAGAAAUGGUGACCGGACGAGGACGGCGACGACAAAAAAAAGAAAGACGUGUGAGAGCAAACGUAACAAAGCUUGUGCCACAUGCGACAUGUAUUGCAAAAUGUCAGCUAGACGUAGGCGUAGUAAAUGGCCUAACUGUGACUAACCAAUAAUCUGCUUUUGCAGUAAAUGUGUGCUGUGGUUUUAGGAGUGCAGUAGCUUUAAAAUACAGAAACUCAACCCUCUCACGAGGGAGUUUAAAUGUUUAGAUUAAACUGUGUUGUUCCAAAGAGGAAACCAUUGUUGUCCUGCAGCUGUGAGCUCUUUUGUCCAGUUAACACUGUGAUAAGAUUACUGUUUUCAUGUUGAAUAAAUCUAAACUCUCUCGCUGUCUCGCUGGUAAAAAUGUGGACAAGUUAGUUAAAUAUUGUCUCCGUCCACUGCGGUGUUCAACAGUAAAGGCACUGAGUGUGUAUGUGAAGUUGUAUCUGGGUCAUCAUGUGUCCAUCCUGUUGUAUCUCUGUGUUAGAAGACCUGCAUGCUGCCUGUUGUAUGCUGAAUUCUUGACUUCGGGUCCGUGUUUGCCGCUGUUUGUUAUUUCUGUUUUAUACCCCCUGUAAUAAAGGAAACGGUAUGUUUUUACCAAAGUGUUUAAAUACCCUCACUAACUCCCUUAAAUCCUAUGUGCCUCAAUAAAGUUUUGACAAAGGAA